AUGGUAAGUCCUACGGUUGUUUCAUGGACGGCACUGAUACUCGGCUAUGCGGAGAAUGCCACGAAAGAAGAAGGCAAGCGCGUUAAUGGCAACGUCGUGAAGCCCAGAAAGGAACUCAUCUACACUCCCGAGCAGCAAAACUUGGCUUUGAUUCGGACAUGUUCGUGGCGACUCAUCGACAUGUACGCGCCGUGUGGGAGCUUAGCGAGCGCCAGAGCAGUGUUUGAAGGGAAAACAGGACACGACGUAGCAACUUGGACGAUUCAGGGGUACGCAGAGAACGGCGAAUCAAACGCAGCUUUGAAGCUGUUUGAGCAAAUGAGAACGCGCAACUGUGCACCGAAUUCGCAGACCGGCAUUUUCGACUCGCUUCCAACGAGAACUUCCAUCACUUGGAGCGCUCUGAUAGCAGGAUAUGGCCGUGUGUUCCACGCAUUCGAGAGCAUGCGGGAGGACGGUGCCCAGCCAUGGUGCUUUGGUACAACGAGGGAAGCAGUAGUCCGAGCAUGGCAUCGCACCAAGCCUCGAGCACUACUACUUCUCUUGGGACGUGCAAAUCAUCUGGAGGAAGCACUGGCGAUGAUCGAAAACAUGCCUUUCAAACCAACGUUAGUGACUUGGAUGACGGUCCUGGGAGCUUGCGGGAAGUGGAAAGACGUGAAAACUGGAAGAUAUGCUUUUGAGUCACUGCUCAAGAUAAAUCCCAGCCACACCCCAGCGUUUGUUCUCAUGGCUAACAUCUACGGUAGCGUAGGAAUGCUGGAGGAGCAACGCAGGAUCAUACCAGGGCCUUGGUAA